AUGGCCGACGCUCAAGUGAACCAGCAAAUUGAGGACCAUCGGAACCUUCCCGACUGGUCGGUUUAUGUCGGUAACUCGUCGGACGAGUACUUCCCGCUGACAAUCGAUAUGCGUUUCAACUCGGGCCACUUCCUAUCGAUUAUGGUCUACAGCACAUUGAUGGUAUUCUCGGCUACCGGAAACUUCACGGUACUCAGCAUCCUGGCGCAACGGAAGGUUCGCGCCUCGUCCAGGAUCAACAUAAUGCUAGCCCAUCUGGCAAUAGCGGAUCUACUGGUUACAUUUCUUAUGAUGCCACUGGAGAUCGGUUGGGCGUACACUGUGCGGUGGAAUGCCGGGGACCUGCUGUGCCGCGUGAUGGCGUUCUUUCGCACGUUCGGGCUGUACCUAUCUAGCUUCAUCCUGAUCUGCAUUUCGGUUGAUAGAUACUUCGCCGUGCUGAAGCCACUGAAAGUGCACGACAAUCGGGCCCAUUUAAUGAUUAUAGCCGCUUGGGUUGCGUCCGGCCUGUGCAGUUUACCACAGGCCUACAUCUUCCACUUGGAACAACAUCCCAACAUCACCAACUACAAGCAGUGCGUAACGUAUCAUGCAUUCGAAACGGAAGUGUACGAAAUAAUCUACAACGUACUGGGUAUGUGCCUCAUGUACACGUUCCCGCUGAUAGUGAUCCUUUUCUGCUACGGGUCGAUAUACUAUGAAAUCUUUAGCCGUACCAAUCCAAAGAAUUUAGAAAGUUUUCGCCGGUCAAGCAUAGACGUUCUCGGCAGGGCGAAGAGAAAAACUCUACGCAUGACUAUCACGAUCGUGAUCGUAUUUGUCGUUUGCUGGACACCGUACUACGUUAUGUCGCUUUGGUACUGGUUGGACAAGGAAUCGGCCAAGAACGUGGACCAGCGGAUACAGAAAGGAUUGUUUCUGUUCGCCUGCACGAACAGCUGCAUGAACCCGGUCGUGUACGGUAUCUACAACGUACGGAAGAAACGCACCGCAAGCCCCUUGAAGCAACAGGAGAAAUCUUGCGGAAGUCACACAAACGUAAAAGCGUGA